CCUUUCGUGCUCCUGCCCCCCCCAGACCUGGUGUCCAAAGAGGUGGUGGCCGGGUGGCUGAAGUACCUGAGGAACGAACUCCCCACCGUGGCCUUCAAAGCCUCCACCCAGCAGCAGAGCCGGCACCUGCAACAGAGCAAGGUGCCCGUGGCCAAGGCCUCCUGCGAGCUGCUGGCCAGUGGGGCGUGCGUGGGGGCCGACUGCCUGCUGAAGGUGCUGGCCAACUACAGUCGCAGCCAGGACCUCAAGACAGCCAUCAGCGUGGGGGUCGUAGGCUUCCCCAACGUUGGCAAAAGCAGCCUGAUUAACAGCCUGAAGCGGAGCCGGGCCUGCAGCGUGGGGGCUACGCCCGGCAUCACCAAGUGCCUGCAGGAGGUCCAGCUAGACCGGCACGUCAAGCUCCUGGACUGCCCCGGCCUGGUCAUGGCGACCGCGGCCACAGACGCCGCCCUGGUACUGCGCAGCUGCCUCAAGGUGGAGCAGGUGGCCGACCCGGUGACGCCCGUGGACGCCAUCUUGAGACGAUGCUCCAAGGAGCAGAUCAUGCAGCACUACGGUGUGCCGGCUUACCGGGACGUCACGGAGUUCCUAGCGCACCUCGCCCGGAGAAAGGGGAAACUGAGGAAAGGAGGCGUGCCCGAUCACGAGAAGGCGGCCAAAGCUGUGCUGAGCGACUGGAUGAGUGGGAAGAUCAGCUAUUUCACGCACCCCCCAGAGACCCACACGCUGCCCACCCACAUCAGCGCCGAGAUCGUCACGGAGAUGGGCAAGGCCUUUGACUUCGAGGCACUGGAGCAAGGCAACCAGGAGGCUUUGGCUGACCUCCCGUCGGUUCCCGUGGGCAUCGGCCUCGCCCCCGCCGGCCUCACCAGUGGGGCCGGGGCAGAGAUGGAGGAAGAGGAGACAUCGGGAGAGGAAGAAACAGCCAUGGACGAAGACAGAGCUCUGGAGCUAGGCCCCAUGACGGUGGAACUGAAGGCUAAGAACAAAGCAGCCGCUGCCGUGGAGAAACCUGUUCCCAGAGCCCCCAGCCUGGAGGAGAUCUCAGCCCUAGACCCCCUGCACCAAGGGCAGGGGCUGCGGGCCGCUAGCAGGAGGCGGAAGAAGCAGCAGAAAAGAGCAGAGAAAAUCGCCAGCAAACUCUCCGCCACGCUGACGGCCGCCAUGAACUUCGGCGCAGCGGGUGACUAGGCGCGGCAGCGGCGGCCCCCGUGAGCCUUGCACUCCAGCUACCUCGGGGCCGAUCACCUCUCCUGGCUGGUGGGGGGCGGCCCGCGGAGACGAGACCAGAGCUGCCGCUACCGAAAAGUCAGGCUCCUUUUAUUACCAGCUAAAAGCCCUAGCGCGGCCCGUCUCCAAUAAAACAU